AUGGCGGUGUUGGGUCGCCGCGGGGAGGGGCUGCGCGCCGAGCUCGAGGCGGCCUUGCAAACCCAGAAGGACCGGGAGAAGGAGGUGGUUCGGCAUUACGAGGUCGCCCUCCAGCAGCUCCGCACGAUUAAGGAUAACACGCAGGCCGAGUGUCUGUCCCUGCGCCAGAAAUUGAAGGACCGCCGGGGCGACGAACCGGACGCCGCCGCGGGUGAUACGGGCCGGCGUGUGUCGCCCAUCGCGACCUUGACGACAUGGGAACGGGACCAAUACGAGCUCAUCAUUCGACGGCAGCAGCGAGCGAUCUGGAGCCUACGACGGGAGCGUAUUUUUUCGGCCCUUUCGCCGAACUUCGAGCUCGCGAGGGGGGCCCAUUCAACGAGUACGAAGACCCAAACUCCCUCUGCCGUAGCGAACAAACUGGCAACCCCAAACCGGCUGGCCCGUGAGGCGCGCGAAGCGGUCAACGCCAUAACGCAGUCGGUCCAUUUUACAUCUUCGCCAUUAGCCCAAUCGGGGUUCGAUCCCACCGGCGCCCUGGGAAUGCCAGGGCGCGACAUUUUAGACUUUAGCACUGCGCAGGCUCGAAAUCGAUCGGCACGGAUAAUGUUUGGGAAUUACACCUAA